AUGCAGUGGUUAAAGUCACUUAUUUAUCUCUUACUCUUUGCGGCAUCUGCCCCAGCCCAGUCCACCGAGGGUCUCUACAGCCUCGUUAAAAGACGAUUGCCAAAUCAUAUCGAUCAUAUCCACUUUACCAUAGAUAAGUCUAAUCUACAGGCACCGAGGUGCGCCAAAUGGCUCAAUCCUGGUCAAGGGCAAUUCCAUAUCGGCACUGUCAUCUGGGUAUCCACGUCGAGAUCGUUCUUUGUGGUGCCUCGACUGCAUCGAUACUUGGCCGACGUAGCCCACGUCGACAUUUACUGGUUUAUCGGUAGCCGUUUGGAUCAGGCUCCUUCCAAGCUCCCUCAUCUCACCAAGCCCCUCCACGGGUCCAGCACGGUGCCUUGGAGAUAUCAUUUCAAUACAGGUACUCCCAGACCAAACCGUCCUCAUAGCCCUCAAAUUAACAAUAUCACCUUUCAGUGA